CGUCGUUGUCAUUUGUCACGUUUGUGUAUCGAUUUUUGGAAUGAGGAAAGUUCAUUAUGAAAAAGGACGCCUUGAAUUCAUCAUCGUACUAUUUAAUUGUUAUGAGUUUGCCAUAUUUUCUUUACUGACGCUGUUAUUAUGUCAUAUUAAAAUUAAUAGUGACGACUGCUUUUACUGGCAGCCAAUGUCAAAAGCGUAGUGACGAUUGCGCGGGAAUUAAACUUCAGCUACCCUGAGUAACUUCGCCACGCUGCGUAGAUCAGUGAUCAAAGUUAUGAAGAUCAAACUGCCGCGCGACCGCUUUCCGUCGACCUCAUCGACGGAAGACAACGAGAGCGGUACGGACUGGGAGCACCCGCACGCGGUGCAGCACCCCCACCCGGCGAUGCUGCACCAGCGCCACCCGCCGCCGCCGCCGCCCGCCGUGCUCGCGGGCACGGUGCGCAAGCGGCGCGGCAACCUGCCCAAGCACUCCGUCAAGAUCUUGAAGCGAUGGCUGUACGACCAUCGCUAUAACGCGUAUCCGAGUGACGCCGAGAAGCUCGCCCUCAGCCAAGAGGCCAAUCUGACCGUGUUGCAGGUGUGCAAUUGGUUCAUUAAUGCGCGCCGGCGUAUCUUGCCGGAGAUGAUUCGGCGGGAGGGCCACGACCCGCUGCACUACACGAUAUCGCGGCGCGGACGCAAGCAGCCGAUGGCGCCAGGGGUGGGCUCCAUCAUCGGCCUCCCUGGGCCCUCUGCCUCGGGAGUCACGCUAGGCCCCGGCUCCAGCGUAACCGUCACUUCGUGGGAUGGAGUCGUUGUACAGAAUGGAGAACACGUUCGCAACCACGGCUUCGGCGACGGUCUGCUGGUGUACCGCAGCGAGGGUGACGAGCUGGUAGACGCUGAGGAGGGGUACUCCAGCGCCCUGAGCGAGGAAGAGGUGAAAUACGACCCCUCCGUGUGGCAGUCCGUCAUACGCUACGCCCCGGACGACCGCGACUUCCACCCGGCUACUAGAGGAACUGCGGCCGUCGUUACAGUUACGACGCCUAUGGAGCUAGCUCAGCAGGCGAGCGGGGCCGUGACGAUGGCUAGGGACGGGGGUUGGCACUCGCACUCGGUGCAGCUGCCGCCGCAGAUGCCGCCGCUGGCGCUGCCGCUGCCGCCGAUGCCGCGCCGCAUGCAGGUGGUGCCGGGCGAAGGGGAAGGAGAGCAGUUUAAAUGCCUCUACCUCCUCGUGGAGACCGCGGUUGCCGUACGUCAGCGGGAAAAGGAACAAGAGGAGGCCAUUCUCCCGAUCUAAGUUUAAAAAGUUAAGGAACAGUUAGAAUAAGAUUAACAGAUAGGAUAAUAUGAAGUUCAAAGUAAUUGUUUGCCCCUAUGGAUUUUUAUACAUACUUAGUUAAAACUACUGAUGGCCCUCGUUUAUUAGAUAGACAUAGAGAAAAAAACGUAGGUGUAAGGAUAAUUUUAUUAUUCUCUAAUUUGCGGAAGAACCCAAAGUUGUAAAUUUGCCGGACGUCUGUUCAGACGUCUCAAUGUUGAUUAAUAGUAAUGAGUUCUACACACAGAAAGAGGUUUGAAGGGUGAUCAUAGACCGUUUGUACGGGAACCGAUGUCGCCG